UUUCUCUGCAAACAUCGCAGUCCGGCCAGGACAUCGAAAUCGUGGUUAUGAGACUCACGUACCCAUUCAUUCAGCUCUUGGCACUAUACAAGGUGACCUCAGCUUCGCCAUGCAAGCCUUCUUCUCAGACUUCCAAUUAUAUUACACCCACCAGCACUUCCAGCUUUAGCAAUGCUGAGGCGACCAGUACACAUAUUUUUUCGACAACUUCGUUGACGACAGAGUCUGCCACCUUUACGGCCCUAUCUUCCAGUGUCCUUCCCGCAGAGACUGAGUCUGUCACAUCGACAGCUGUCUCUUCAUCAGCUUCGGUUACAGAGUCAGAACCAUCGACCAUAGCCUCUUCUGAGACAGCAACUAUUGCCGAAAGCACCACGACACAUGAACUUUCACUCUCGACAACCUUUGCUACAACCUCAGCUGAAACGUCAAUUGACGAGACACCCACCACGACAACAUCUGUUAAGCAACAGCCUACCAACUUAAUUCGCAACCCCGGUUUUGAAGACCCUACCUUCGCGCCCUGGGAAGCAGAGAAUAUCGGAAAUCGCGGAUGGCUAUCCAUCCGCAGCGACACGUCUCGUCCAGGAUCACUCCAGUGCGGCGUUUUCGAUUCUUCAGUUCCGCCUACAGGAGGGCUAAGACGCAGACUUAUCCAGCCGUGGAACUGGGUCGUCAAACAAGCUAUUGACCCUUCCAAGAUCAUCGUCGGAAAAGAAUAUCGCUUCUCGAUUUUUCAAAAGACCACAGCGUCUAGCGGUUGCAAUGUCCAGCGGCUAGGAUGUGGAGGAGGAUCAACUCCGGCCGGCUCUGGCGAUUUUGGAGGCCCCCUGAGUACGUGGGCCUUGGGAGCAAUUAGCUGCACAUGGAAUCAAGCUCAGCUUGAUGCUGGGCCCUAUGUUGUAUUAAAUAAUAUCUGCCACUCCAUAACUUUCUCUCUUGACGAUGCUGUCUUGAUAGAAAGAGAGGCGUCGCCGUAUUGA